UAAUAACUUUGAUGGUUGAUUUCAGAUCAGGCAUCAUUUCACAGAAAUCUAAUGAAAAAGUGUGCCAUGUAUGUGCGUCAACUCUGUGCUAUCCUCCAGUACUGCUGUAUGGACGGAGUUACUGGGCUAGAGAGCAUUCUUCGUGCUUUUGUUAGUCAGAUGAUAACUAGUGGGCCGGGAGUGAUGCAGGAAUUGACGAUGUCUCAUUCUAUCAUCAACUUCCGCUCAUUUAUCAGCACAUUGAAUGUUCCCGUGGAGGACAUCAAACCAUUCCUGGUGAACCGCACCAGUGGUCCCCCGACUUCCCCUCAGCCUGCAACUUCUCCCCCUCUGGUCCCACCUGCUGCAGAGCCAAUGGAGGUGCAGGAAAUUGAAGAGGUGGAGAUAGAGUCAACUCCAAGCUUAAUCCGUGAGCCUCCUGUGGGUGACGUUCCACCACCACAACAUAUCAACGAAGUAAUGGGUUGGCAGAAUGCUCUGCCUUCUGAAUGGGUGCCAAUAAUCAGUCAAGACUCCCAGCGUCAGAGACGCCAAAGUCCACAAGGUCCAUUCAGUGACGCCUACCUGUCUGGCAUGCCCUCCAAGCGACGCAAACUCAUCACCUCUACUAAGCCACAAGGGAAUCUGUCCCAAGUAAUUUCAGGUCAGUAGAUAACACGCAGAACA